AUGGCUGCAAAAUCUGCUCGGAUCGCCCUGGUUGAGAUUGGCAGCCGAGGCACAGUUGGGUCCCUUGUGUUACGAGAAAUCGAGUAUUUCAGUAGACUGGACUUAGGCCCCCAUAACAACAACUCUUGCUGUCAUUUUGCAGAUGUGGCUUCUUCUACAAGUGGCAUUUCUAAGCCAAAGCUUGGAAACCCGAAAAAGAAGAAGAGAGGCUGCAAGAACGCCAAGAAGUUCUUGCCUAGCAUGUGUUCUAUGGUGGAAGUUAUAGAGAGCAAAAAUAAUCGUCCCAGGGCGAUUUCUGGAUUCACUUACAAAAACCUCAAGGCUGAUGUUAAAGAGUUAAGGGCUUAG